AUGGCUGCCGCCGAGUCGGCGAAUACCUACUCCACGCAGUUACAGUCUCCAUUAUACCGUCUACCUCGAGAACUCCGUGACGACGUCUACGAAUACUAUGCAGAUGGCAGGCGAUCGUACAAGUACAACAAGGAAACGAAUCAGUUGCGCUAUCAAGAUGCAGCUGCGCGUGCAGAAAACCUCGGUCUAGUAGCGACUUGUAAAAUCGCCGCCGAAGAGAUGAAACAAGUCGCUUUCCAGAAGGUCGAGUUUAGUACACGAUGCUCUGCGUACGACAUUUCGGAAUUCAUGGGGUUGCGUUCAAGAGUUGCUCGACUUCAUAUCUCUGUAGCCAUCGACUACUUACAUAGCCUAUCACCAAAGCAAUGGCUUAACCUCCGCAAGAUCAUCCUAUAUGAGGAUCGCUUCUGUAAGAGCAAUCCGGCUUUACGCAUCGAACACAACAUCGGACUAUUGAGCAACCUGCUCCCGGAGUCAACAGAGCUGAGAAAUACCGACCGAUUUAUACUUGGAUCCACUUGCCUGGGAGUAACCGUUCCAUGGAUAGAGGAAGCUCUUGCGUUGGCUGCCAGUGGCAUAACUACCAAUGCCUACCGGCUCAUAAUCGACGGCAGUACAACAGAGGCAGUCCGAGCUUUCAGGCUCUUAAAGCAUGCCGCGGCAAUGCAAGAAGCCAUGCUCACUCAAGCAGAGCGUAACAAUGUGCAGCCUACAUCAUGGGUCCGUUCGGGUUACGCCGAAGUCAUCUCACUACCAUGGCACUUACCCGCAGGUUUUCCGGACGUAAUCCGCGCAAUCAUGACUGGCACGUCGAACAUACAGUUUACAGGCCCCGUAGGCGACCUGUGGGACUCAGAUCUCAUGUUCCUUGAGAGUCAAGACUGGACCAUCGCAGAUUGGCGGAACGAAUGGAAGGAAAAGAUUGUACUGUGCGGACCGGAGACUACCUUCUAUAAGGAUAUAGAGAUGUGGUACGAGCUCUAG